UGUUUUUGCUGCAAGCGCUUGGUCAACUGUUUUUUUCAAACUCUUGCUUUUCUUGCUCGAACUGUUGCUUCCCUUCCUGGAACUGUUGCUUCCCUUCCUGGCCGCUUCCGAAAGUUCCUCGCAAGCUACUUGUCGAACCAUCGCAAACGACUUCUGACAGUCGUUGUUGUAGUUCAAUUUGUGGCGAGCAUCUUCACGUUGACGGGCGCUUUUUUGACGAGUGACGACACAUCGAAGGACGUUCUCAUCGCCAUCGGCACGGCCUUCCUUAUCAGUCUUUGCAUCACCCUUCAAGACGUGCUAUCUUCCCAAGAAAAGACAGAUUCUCUUGUAGCAGCACUCCUCAGUGAACCCGUUGAACUGGACCGUACCGUCCUGGUUCGAACUUUAGCGACCGAUUCCGCUCAGCCUCUUCCACCCACCAGAGUUGGUAUUGUCGACCAAGCAGGUGUAGACCUCUCACGCGCUCCGUCUCGACCUGAUUCUGCCGACUUGGUAUGACCACCCGUGGCGGAUAUCAGCUGCUGCAGCAGCAACCGGAAGUGCAACCCGACCAACGAGAAGCCUUCACGCUUCUGUAUCGGCUCGCAAGUUUUAAAAAGAACAGCACUUUGAGCAUUCGUGACUUGCAGAACGACCAAAUAGAGUUCUACCAGCUCAUUCUCGACCAGCAGAGGCAUGUGUUUCUGCUCAAUGGAAAUGGCUUUAGUUGUGUUCCGUUUCCUCUUGGAAUUUCCCGCUCCGUCACUGGACCAACUUGUGUUCUCCAGAGUGAUGCUUCCGUGAAGCCUGCCGGUCAGAUGCGAAUCUCUUUUGGUCACAGCUACUCCGGCAUCAUUGCCACCGUCGUAUUUUACCGGUGGAGUGCACCAAACCGAAUUUUUGUGCUUGAAAACACGUACGCCAUUUGGCAGCUCUAA